AUGUCUCUAAAUGGGUUAUCUCUAGUAGUGGGUGCCUCUUCCAAACGUCGAGACAUUAUUCGAGAAAAGCAGGCUCUUAAUAUUAUUCAAGCAUUGAAAGUUGAAGAACUUUCAAGUGCAAGAGGGUUAAAUCAAGAAAUUGAGAUUAAGCGUACAACCGAUACACGUUGGAGGUCACAUUAUGGUACACUCAUAAACUUUUAUGGCAUGUUCCCUUCCAUAGUUGAUGUGCUAGAUGAAAUUGCAAAUGACAAAGUAGGUUCUGAUCACAAAGAUAAUGCAUACAUUUCAUUAGGGUUAUUACAAUCUUUUGAUUACACAUUCAGUUUGCAUUUGAUGAGGAUUGUACUUGGUAUUAGUCAUGAGUUGUCCCGGCCAUUGCAAAGAGAUGAUCAAGAUAUAGUAAAUGCAAUAGAUUUAGUGAAAAUAUGCAAGAGAAAGUUGCAGAAUUUGAGGGAUAAUGGAUGA